AUGUCUACUCUUGAGGAGCUUGACGACCUUGACCGCAGAGACAACGAUGACGACAAAAAGCGAGGGACUGACUCUAAUGAUGAUAAGCGCAAACAAAUUGAUGGAGACGAAGAAAUGAAGGAUAAAGACGAUGGGGCUAGUGACGAUAUCCUAGAUGAGGAAAUUCUUGGCCUCAGCACCCAAGAUAUCCUCACUCGCAGACGACUGUUAGAAAACGAUUCCCGGAUCAUGAAGAGCGAACUCUCAAGGCUAUCGCAUGAAAAGGCAGCAAUGGGGGAGAAAAUCAAAGAUAACAUGGACAAAAUAGCAAACAACAGGCAGCUCCCAUAUCUAGUGGGUAAUGUGGUAGAACUGCUAGACCUCGACCCUACCGCUGAAUCGUCUGAAGAGGGAGCGAACAUUGACCUUGAUGCGACUCGGGUGGGGAAAUCUGCUGUGAUAAAGACUUCAACUCGUCAAACCAUCUUCUUACCUCUGAUCGGGUUGGUGGACUCCGACAAGCUUAAACCUGGCGAUCUUAUAGGUGUUAACAAAGAUUCCUAUCUAAUUUUGGACUCCUUGCCAGCCGAAUACGACAGUAGGGUCAAGGCUAUGGAGGUGGAUGAAAAGCCCACAGAGCAAUAUACAGAUGUAGGCGGACUCGACAAGCAGAUCGAAGAGUUGGUCGAAGCAAUAGUCUGGCCAAUGAAGGAAGCGGAUAGGUUCAAGAAAAUAGGCAUUAAGGCCCCUAAAGGAGCCCUCAUGUAUGGACCUCCAGGCACCGGAAAAACACUGCUUGCCAGAGCUUGUGCGGCACAGACCGACGCAACUUUCUUGAAGUUAGCUGGACCUCAACUUGUCCAGAUGUUUAUCGGAGAUGGAGCUAAACUAGUCCGAGAUUGCUUUGCCUUGGCAAAAGAGAAGGCACCAGCAAUCAUAUUCAUCGAUGAGCUGGAUGCUGUUGGUACAAAACGAUUCGACAGCGAGAAGAGCGGUGACCGCGAGGUGCAGAGAACCAUGUUAGAACUUCUCAACCAAUUAGAUGGCUUCGCUUCAGACGAUCGCAUCAAGGUCCUGGCCGCAACAAAUCGCGUCGAUGUCCUUGAUCCAGCUUUACUUCGAUCCGGCCGUCUUGACCGGAAAAUCGAAUUUCCGUUACCCAACGAAGAAGCUCGAGCCCAGAUUCUCAAAAUCCACUCUCGCAAGAUGAAGGUAGACCCAGGCGUCAACUGGGGAGAGCUAGCAAGGAGUACCGAUGAAUUCGGCGGAGCCAUGUUGAAGGCUGUCUGCGUCGAAGCUGGUAUGAUUGCCUUGCGCUCAGGCAAGAACAAAAUUGGCCAUGAGCAUUAUGUUGAUGCCAUAGCCGAGGUACAAGCCAAGAAGAAGGAUACUGUCAACUUCUACGCUUAG